CUCAACGACAUCCAGGUCGCAGCCAAGUACACCAUACAUCCUUCUUGGGUCAUUAAUAGCCCAAUCCUUCAAGAUGGUGAGCGUAAUACAGCGUAUGAGGAAGCUGAGAGCACAGCUGCUCGCCGUAAGGCUCGGCCCUGGUGCCGCAAUCCUGCCUCCCGAAGUCACAAGAAUACACAUGGACUUUGCCGUGAACAUCACGGGCGGGCACUACGGAGCCAAGCGAUUCUGGAAAGACUGCCUCACGCGCCUCAAGUACCAUAACCCAGCCGUGCCGAUGACGGUCAACCGCCGCGCCGAGAACCACACCGGGCCUGCGCUCAUGACUGUUCAUUUCGCCUCGUCCGAUAAGGAGAGGACCAAGGUGUUGGAUAUGAAGAAUCGGGACGUGUCGGAGAUUGUCGCACAGCUGAUGACGCUCACGAAUGCGAAGCCCGUGAAACCGACGGCCGAGGAGACGAGACAGCUUCAAGAGCUGGAGGAGUACCGAGUGAAGAGUGCACAGGAUAGAGAGAGGAUGAAAGCUGUUAUGGAACAGAGGAGGAGGGAGGAAGCUAUCCUCACACAAGCUAGGGGAGAGGCCGAGGCGAUGAAGGAAACCUAGGCUAUAUGCAGAAGGGAAUCAUGCAUUUGUUAGGCGUUGGCUGUGAAUGGGAGGUUUAAGGUAUGGAAAGGCUGUAAAAUCAUCUUGUAUAAAAUGCCCUAAGCCAUAUCACUGUGCGGGUCAAGCUGUAUUAUUGACUUUUAUAUCGACAUAACUGUUUGCAAGCUUCCGUAUCACCAACGCCAUCGAUGCAAGUACCUGGCUCCAGCAGGACUCAAAUGUGUUCACAGUUAUUGAUCCUGGCCUUGGUGACAACUCUACAGGUACGAAUGUCUGCAAAAUUCCGUAACCUAUGCCUUACUUCAAUCCAAACCCCUCGCUCUCAU